AUGCCUUUAUCAUCAACACCUCAAGAUAUAUUCGAACCGUCCUCUUACUAUGAGCUUUGUGCAGACUGUCGAGCGGUCAGACUAUAUUUCGAACUGAGGGAGGGAGGCAUUCUCCAAACCAAUGGGCAGAAUGGAAGGAGAAUGCGGGUGAUGAAUGUUACCGACUUCAACCAUGCUAAUCAAGUAUUCGAACUCUUCGACGAAUCUACCGAGCUCUCCAUAUUUCGCCGCGUCCAGACAUUGCCAAACACGAAGGAAGGAUUCAGAUGGAUGAAGGAAUGGCUGGACAACUGCGUUUCGCGUCAUGAUAUGUGUGCCACGAAGCACAGCAGAUUGAUACCCACGAGGCUAAUCGCUCUUAAUGGAGUGCUUCGCAUCGUCACUCCGAAAUCUACAAGUAUUGUUGGAUCUUACGCAGCCUUAAGUCAUUGUUGGGGCAAAACACCUAGCAUGAAAGCAAACACUGGUAACAUAAAAUCAUUACAUCGCAUCAUUCCGUGGCACGAGCUCCCACAAAGCUUCAAGGACGCAGUAGAAGUCACAAGGCGGCUUUCAAUCGACUACCUGUGGAUCGAUGCCUUAUGUAUCCUCCAGGACAGCAGGGCCGACUGGAAAUCUGAAGCUAGCAGAAUGGGCGACUACUACCAAAACGCGCAUUUGACCAUAUCUGCUUUGGACGCACCGGAUGGGCACUCGGGCUUCCUUCAAUCAGCUCGAAGUUUGUCCACAGUACAGCUCAGGGAUGGAUCCUGCUGGCGUUUGCGCGGGCCGACUUGGGAUCAGGCCAUGCAAGCCUCACCACUAGCCCGUCGGGGGUGGGUGUUUCAGGAGAGGAUACAGUCUAAGAGGAUCAUUCACUUUGCCAAGAACGAGCUGUUGUGGGAGUGUAUGACAUGUCGCGCUGAAGAAGGCCGCGUAGGUUACCACGACGCAAGCAAAAUCAAAACAUCUUUAGCGGGACAUAUUCCAUUCCACGCCAGCGCAGCUGAGCUACGGCAGUGGUACGGGAUUGUAGGACAGUAUUCGAGUCUGAAUUUAACUUUCGAUGAGGACAUCUUUGCUGCAAUCUCUGGAAUAGCUCAAGAAUUUCAAAAGGCAACCGGCUUGACGUACGUUGGUGGAAUCUGGCUAGAGCACUUUCCGUAUGGGUUGCUUUGGUAUUGCGAUGAGGUCAGAAUUGACGGCAUCUCUCUAGUCGCUCCUUCUUGGUCGUGGGCAAGCAGAAGGGGUCCAAUCAAAAUGAUAUACACCCUGCCAACCACCACGCCAGGGAAGUCCCACGUGGCUAUGGCUACUCAUGAAGGAGACCACGAUAAUAUCAACGUCCAGGCAAAUCUUCUCGAUAUCCAGUAUGAACCAGACUACGACCCACUUCGACCCUGUCGAAAUAUCCGCAUGCGCGUGGAAGCAUACUGUACAAUGACCCAUUGUCUUCGAAGUUGUGACAGCAGACCGCCGUAUACCAACCCAGACUUGCGACGUGAGCUAGAUAUAUAUGACCAAUCGCAUCGACAGAUCGGUACUGGUCACUUGGAUUACGACAUGCAGCUUGAAGAUGAUUCGAAGGAGUGCAUGGCCAUCAUCUUGAUGCAACAAGAUAUUGGAGAUCGUGAUGAUCUCCCUUGGUGGACAAGGGAACAUGUAGAUGAUGAUGCUAAGAUCAUGUACUUCAUGCUCGUUGAAAAGGUCCUUGUCAAUGGAAUGGCAGUAUACAAGCGUAUUGGCAUUGGUCAGACUGUGGAUGCUGUAAACCGUAGAGUCUUCGACACGCGGUGGGUACAAGAUAUCAAAAAAGAUGAAUUCAUUCUUUGA